AUGUUCAAUUUUGAAGAUUGCUCAAGGCAUCUUAUUGGCGAAGCACUGCAGACUAAUAAGGAGUACGUUGACGUGUCUGUGUUCCAUUACUACUGCUCAAAAGAGUACAGUUCAUUGCAGGGCUGUAGGCACCUCAGACACAUCGAUUACCAUGAGUAUAUUUCAAGCGAUCUUUCCAAUUUCAUCAAGGCCCACAAUCCCACAAUUAUUGAGCUUAGGCUUUACGGAUAUUCAGUAACGAGAGAUAUGGAAGGCAAUAUUGCAAAGAAGAUGAUGUCGAUUUGGGAUCGUGGACACGGUUGGAGUAGACAUCAAUCAUUCUACUUCCGCAUGCCAGCUAGGAAGUGUCCAGGAUUAUGCUCAUUGUCUUUCAAUGGCUGCAAUGAGGGCCAUGAAAGUACACAGUAA